AUGUCCACAUGGCCCCUGGGAUUGCCAAGGCUGAGAGAGCCGCUGCCCGGCUGCGCCGCGCCCUCGCGGAUCGGGGAGUCCAAUUUAAGCCGGCGGAGUUGGCGGAGCGGAGGCGCUGCGGCGGCGGCGGACUCGGCGCGGCUCGGGCACCUCUCUUCCUUAUCUCUUACUCAAACUUCUCUGCUCCAACUCAGCUCCAUCGCCAUUGGUCUGACGCAGCGCGCGGGGACGUCAGGCGAGCGCCGCGCCCAUUGGCUGCGGGGCGCGGGGCGCAGCUGUUCUGAUUAUCAUAUUUCAGCCUCGUCGCUGCCGAGCGCCACUGACCGCUCGGCGAGCCCGCGGGAGAGGAUUAGGGCUCCCGGGGCAACUUGCUCGGGGCUCAGACCGCUCUCCCCGGCUGCUCGGGCUGCCCGGCUGCUCUGGCUUUUGGCCUCCCUCUCCUCCUCCUCCUGCCCCCUCCCGCGCUCCUUCCCGGCCGCGCCGCCAGCGCCCUCGCCUCCUGUCGCGCUGCUCCUCCGCCCUGCGCUCCUGGGGUCCCCGCUGUCCGGCUGGCCGUGUUGCGCGCGGGGCUCACUUUUCUGCCGCCGGUGGCGAGUGGCUGUUCUUCUUGGUGACGGCUUAUUGACGAUGAAUCAAGAGAAUCUGCGCUCUAAUUUCAGAGAAAAAGGGAAGGGAUCUUCUUUAUGUACCAUUGGCGUUCCUGGCAGACGGCAGCCCGGGAGGCAGCGUUCCUGUGCGGUCUGCUGCUCGGUUCUCAGCCAAGAUAGAAUUCCACGCUCCCGGCAGCGGCGAAGCCACAAACCUCAGAUCAGUGUUGAGAAUGCGAGGUUCCGCACCUCGUUGCCGGUAGCAAUUCGGCCAAGCGAGGACAGAAAUUUGCACCCUUCCUUUAACAUUGUGCUUUUGGAAGUGUUUAUUAUGAUUUCACAAAAGCAGCUGGCAGUGUCACGCGAAACCUUUCUCUUCCUUUUUUCAGUUUUUUUUGUUUUUGUUUUUUUUCUUUUUGAAACUCGAACUGACUAGGAACAGGCAAUUUUCAUCUGCGCCGGAGUUCUGCGUGGAGCCCAGGUUGCAGCCAGUGAGUGCAAUGUGCUGACUAAGAGGUUCUGGCCCAAGGACGCGGUGAACCCUGCAUCUGGCGAAGCCUUCAUUAAAUGUAUCGGAUUCUCGCUGGGGUAGUUGGAGUCUGGAGAGGAGAAAAAGCUUGAUCUCCCAAGAACUGGGCGGUUCGGCUAAACGCUACCACAUCUGCACUGAAUCUAGCAAAACACCCAGGGGCCCACCAGAGCUCUCGGGAAAGCCGCGGCAAGUUAACUCAGUGUAGUUGAUCAAAUGACAUUCUUUCUGAAAGAAAUGACACCCUUUCCCCCACUGCAAUCCUGCAGCUCUGAAUUUAGCGCCAAAGGAUUGACUUCCACCGCUGGCUGGAGGUUUACGGGGAACGAGCGGGGGAGGGGAGGCGAAGGUACCUUGGAGGAGGUCAAGAGGAGGAGGAGAAGCAGCAGCAGAAAAUUACCAGCCAAGCGGGGGAGGGAAUUGGAAGCCCGGAAAUCUACCAGGAUGCCUCAAAUAACCUUGCCUUAAGUCUCAGAAUUCAGCACUCGAAAAACAGCCUCAUAAUAAGGUGUCCUCGGGUGGGCUGCGGAGGUGAUGCCAAGAGUUAUAGCUACUUUCUAUGAAUUAAACUGGUGACUAAAGCAUGUCGGGCCGUUUAGUCUAGCUGAGAUGCGUGGGUGGGGGCUGUUUUUAAGGUGAGGGGCAAUCACUGGUGGCAUCCACAAGCAGAUUCUCAGGGUAGAAGAGAAUGUGGUGUCAGGGCUGGAGGAAAAUCUUCAAGUCGCAGUAAAUGGCUAAUAAGUUCGGGAGAUAAGAUUUAGGGACAGUUUUGAAGGUCGCCAUCUGCUUGGAGGUGAAUGAGAGGAUGAGGUCCUGGUGCGUGUGCAUUUAGAAUCAUCUGCGCCUCCGGAUCCAAGCUGGUAAGGUAACUCAGCAAUUCUUUGUGACUUACGGUUGAGAGAAGAAUUCGUCCCGCCCCUCUACCUGCUAAAUGCCAACUGAGAAAAGGGGCCCAGGAGACGACCCCUUUCAGAAGGAACGUCAUUUGAUCAACUCCACUGAGUUAAUAACUUGCUCUGGGAGGAGGUCAAGAACGCCUUCCCUUCCCACCCGCGCAGCCACGCGGCGCCGAGGUCAACCGCUCUAUGCAGACAGCCUCUCACUGGGGGCCCAGGAACUCCUGUCCUACGGUCCUUUUCGGGCUUAGAGCCCUGCGAUCAAGUUUCUGGUCUCGCCAAGAACCCCACCCGCCCGGGUUCAAGCACAGAUGUCGCUAGAUAUUUAGCCCAGCCCCAGUCCAGGGAUGAGUAGUGCGAAACAAAGAGAACCCCACCUCUAUCCCCUCGGGCCUCCUCCCUUCCCGAUUUCCAACUUGUCAGCCUUGUAGCCGACCACCCCCCAACCCUGAGUGUUCUGCGCUCAAGGGCAUUUUUCUAUCCCAUCUUCCGGUUGACAGAAAUGGAAAAAUCGAACUGAAUCUACACCCCACUGCCCUAACUCCUGCUAGACUAAAGGAGGAAAUCAACGUGCCGCACACCUCUCACAGUCCCGAGACAGCGAGCGCAGCCCGGAGAGGUCAUUCUGUUCCUCAGUGUGAAUCCGCUUGCCACUCCCGUUUGGAACCAGAGCUCUGGAGAGCCUCGGUAGCGCAUUGCUGGGGACGCGAAAGCAAAGGUCUUGAUGGUGUUUCUUCCAAUCUUGAGAUGUUGAUUUUGCUGUCCCGAAUGUCACAUGAUGUGCCUCUUCAUAGUCCUGUACUCAAGCCAUUGUAGAUCUGCUGACGUGACCCUGGAUGUGCUGGGCCAGGGCCAAUAUAUUCUUUUGAAUUAUGCCAGCAGUGAAGAAGAAACUUGAGUACGGCUCUCAAAGUGGAGGGAAAGAGUGGUUCUUCUGAUGUGAGAAGAAUGUAAGCCAAAACCACGAGCGAGCGUUCUUCGCACCCGUGCACUUGGGAAGAGUUUGAGUGUCCAAAAUGUUGGAAAGGUCAGAUACAGUUGUUCUCAUAGAAUCUAUUCUGGAGGUCAGGAGGUCAGAAUGUCUGCACAUGUGCACAAACCAACAGGCCCAUAAAAGCCUGAUAGGAGGCAGCAAUGCCCCAUAAAAGGUCACACCCAGCCGGAAUCCAACAACAUUUGAAAGGCAUCUGCUAUAGAGAAGAAAUAUGAGACUGACAGCAGCGACAGCGGCAGCAGCAGCAGCGAAGAGAAAUGGGGAUUAAUCAUGGUAAAAUACUGAGCAAAAGAGACAGCAAAUUCUGCCAAGCAUGAAUACCUCUCUACUCACAUGUCUCACAAAGUACUCUCUUCAAAGUACAAGCCGGUUGGCCAAGGUCAGGUUGAUCUUUGCUAGGCUAAAAGACGCAGCUACUGAGUGCAUCCCACGGCAGAGGGGGAACACCUAAGGAUUUUUAGUGUUUAAAAAAAAGAAAAAUUAUUUGUGGUUCAACAGUAGAAAUACUCCUGAUAACACAUCAUAAUCAAAAUUGCAUUCCCUCUCUGGGCUCAUGCCAUUCACUUUGGGAUAAUACCGAUUUAUAAAGAUUAUUAUUAGGUUGCUAUUAGCCUGUGGAUCUCUAAGACUUUUCUUUUAAUGUAUACCCUCUGUAUGUCUAGAUUUAGCAUCUUGCCUCAUUUUAUAAUUUCUCCUCAUUGAGACACCCUUUCUAUAAGCAAAACAUUUUACAUGACAGCCUUUGGAGGACUGAAUUGGUAGCCCUAAAUGGUGCAGUUUAGAGGGCUCUAGGCAAAGCCACAAAGACUGAAAUAUCAUCCCCACCCCGAGUAUCUAUCAAAGGGACACCAAAAAAUUCUAGCAAGGUUUUGGUAUAACUCUCAUAAAGGCUCUUUAGUCUUCAGAAGUUUUUGUUUAGUUUUGUUUGUUGGUUUUCAAUUCAAAUAUCAAAGUUUUCUGUAGGUGAUUUUCUCCUCUUUCUUUCCCUUUUGUACUAUUAUGAAAGUUUCUAUAAUAAGUAUGUUGCAAUAAGAAAAGAGGAAGAAAGGAAGGUGUCUAGAAGGAAACAAGGAUGGUAGACCUAAACAUGAGUGAUAUACAAUGGAAUAAACCUCAACAAUGAAAAGGAAUGAACUAUUGAUACAUGCUGUAAUGUGGGUGAAGCUCAAAGUAAAUAGCCUGAGUGAAAGAAGACCAACAAAUCGACACACUCUGUUAUUCCAUUUAUACAAAAUUCUAGAAAUACAAACUAGUGUAUAGUGACAGAAAUUAGAUGAGUGGGGGCUUCGGAAUGGAGGGGGUGACAGGGUGAGGCAGCAUUGAAGGAUUGCUAAGGGGCUUCAGGAAACUUUUGGGGGUGAUAUAUCCUUUGGGGGUUCAUUAUCUUGAUUGUAGUAAUAGUUUAACAGGUGAACACAUAUGUCAAAGCUUACCAGAUUAUGCAGUUUAAUAUGUACCAUUUAUUGUAUGUCAAUUAUAUUUCAAUAAAGCUAUUUUAAAAAAGAC